AUGUUGAUUUGCGUUACUCAAGCUGCUUCCGUAAAAGCUGUAUCAACCGCUAUAAUGUCCUGUAGUCAUAUCAUAGUUACUAACAAUGGUCGAAAUACUGUAACUAUUCUUUUUGGCAGAGGCGAUGGAACAUUUUCUCAACAACUAAAUCAAACAGUUGGCAAAUAUCCUAGUAAGGCGACAACGGCAGAUUUAGAUAAUGAUGGAUAUUUGGAUGUGAUCACGAUUAAUUACGGUGAUAAUACCAUCAGUGUUCUAUUGGGAAAUGGAAAUCGAACGUUUUCGUCGCAGGUUAAAUAUGCAACUGGUGUUCAACCAAGUGAUAUUGCGAUUGGGGAUCUGAAUAAAGACAACAAGAUCGAUGUAAUUGUCACGAAUAGUCAAUCGGAAAAAGUAUCCGUGUUUUUGAACAAAUAGUUAAUUUUCAACGAAUGGAAACAACACGCAAUCACUGUUGCUGCAGGAAAUGGAAAACGAAUGAAAAUCAAGAAAAGGAUUGUGGCUCGAGGCAAUGGACAAGGGAGCGGAAUGGAUCGAUUAGAUACGCCAACAGACGUGAUUGUUGAUCAACAAAACAAUUCACUCAUCAUUGCGGAUUGGGGAACAAACGAAUGGAAGAUUGAAGAGAAAGGUGAAGGGAAAGUAGUUGCUGGUGGAAAUGGAAAAGGGAAUCAACUGAAUGAGUCCAAUUUUAUCUUUGUUGAUGAUGAACAUUCUAUAUAUGUAGCAGAUUUUCAGAAUGCUCGUGUGAUGAAAUGGAAAAAUGAUGCGAACGAAGGAAUUGUUGUAGCCGAUGGAAAUGGAGAUGGACAUAAUCUAAAUCAAUUGAAUGAUCCUCAAGGAAUCAUUGUUGAUGGUUUGGGUCGAACUUAUGUUGCAGAUUGUAGGAAUCAUCGAAUAAUGCGCUGGAGUGAAGGAGACGAGGAGGGUGAAAUUAUUGUUGGUGGAAAUGGACACGAAAAUGGAUCAAACCAAUUACAGUUUCCUCGUGGUUUAUCAUUUGACGAUGGAGGAAAUCUGUAUGUCGCUGAUAGUGGAAAUAAUCGAAUCCAAAGAUUUGACUUAAUACGUUCAUAA